GCUCAGCUUCCGCCUUGCGCGCAGUCGGAGCCCGGGCGGACUGGACGGGACGGACGCGAUGUCGGAGGCCGACUGCAGGCGCUGGAUCGCCGAGACCAUCGAGUGGCUGCGGUCGCGGAAGGCACGGCCGGACCAGGAGCGGAUCUGCAAGAUGGUGCAGCGGCGGCACGGCGUUUCCCCGAGCCGCACCCGGCGCCAGCUCGACCGGCUGCUGCGCUCCCGCGCCGUGCUGCGGGUCCGCUACAAAGGCUCGCACUCGUACCGCAACGCCGUCCCGGGGCAGCUGGAGCCCGCGGAGAGAAGCGGGCGCACGGCCGGGGGCUCGGGCCGGGACAGGAGCUCCGGACAGCGGGGCCCGGCCCGCGACAAGUCCCGGCCCCCGGCCGAGCAGCUCAGCGUGGUGGUAACCCGGGCCCGGCACAAGGAGGUUCUGGAGCAGCAGGUGGCCCGGGCUCGGGGCAGGAAGCCGCCGGCUGAGAUGGAAGGCGAGGCGGCCGAGAGGAGGCGGCGGCACCCGGUCACUGACAGCGGACCCGAGCGCAAGAAGACCAGGAGAACAAAAGAGGCCGAUCCGUCUGACAGCGAAGGAAGUGAUGAAGAUGAAGACAAUGCGGCUCCAGUGAAAGGCUGUGAAUUGGUGGGACAGGAGCCUAGUGGAGCACAGAAGGAGGCAGAAGCCGCCACUGAUUGCGGGAGUGAGGACAGCGAUACCGAAGGGAGUCCCGUCAAGUCGCCUGAUACAGAAGGUCACUCAGCUGAAGAUGUCGGAGAGAAAAUGCCCACUGAAGAGCGGCUUGAAGCAUCUCUGGCAGUGGGGCAGGGCACCUCGCCCGACCCAGUUGAUGAGUCCGAGGCCAUGACUGAAGCUGAGCCGAGAAGUGAGGCCGAAGUGCGUCUCUGCCCAGGUAGCACAGGGGAAGCUGGCUCGUCUGAUGGACCUGUCGCCAUGGAGAAGGGCUGUGGUGAAGAGCCUGGUGUCCACCAAGGUGAGGAAGAUGCUGAACUGAAGACACUGGAUCAGCUCGGGCCUGUAGUCUGUGAUACGGCAGGACUGCCCCAGUGUACGGAAGAUAGACCCCGCGCUGCAUAUGAUCAGAGGACUUCCUACCAGCUCGAAUCGCAAACCAGUGAAGUUCCUGAGGUUGGUGGGGCCUCGUGUCUGCUUACGCCAUCAGCUUCUCCGGUAGAGAUGGUCCCUGAAGAGAAUGGCCCCUCAGACAGACACCUCUUAGAAGAGGAAGGGAAGUCAGUAGACCCGACUGAAUGGAGCAUCACUGAUGUGGUGAAUUACUUUAAGGAGGCAGGAUUUCCAGAGCAAGCUGUUGCUUUCGAGGACCAAGAGAUCGACGGCAAGUCUCUACUUCUGAUGAAGAGGAAUGAUGUUUUGACAGGACUAGCAAUUAAAUUGGGCCCAGCACUAAAGAUAUACGAAUACCAUAUCAAGGUUCUGCAAUUGCAUCACUUUAACAAUGAGACACCUUCAUGCUGAUCAGCGUGUGCCUCUGUCAGCAGAGGUUUUGGCCUGUUCGUCUGGCUACUGUCUGCACGCUCUUCACUGCAGUCUCACUUCGGUCCACUCCCAAACUAAAUUCAUCCUAUUUAAAAUGGCAGGGGGACUGCCGCCAGGAAUAAGAAGUUCAUUUAAGAAAAAUGUUGGGUUUCUAUAGUGUUUGGGAAGUGUCUAGCACUUUCUAGCACUAUUUGUCCAACCUGGAACUGGAGUUAUAUCUUUUCCAUGGCUUGGCAAUGCUCCCUGUGUUGGGCUGUUCGUGUGAUCUCAUUUCUUUGCUGAUGGAGUGGAAUUGCCCUAUGGGCUAAUGUGAGUGUGCUGUUCUGCAACUGGGUGAAAUACUGUUCAAAAGUUAAAGAAUGGCCGUUCUGCAGGACCUGAUCUUCAUCCUUCUUGAUCUGUGCACAAAAGGCAGCGUGAAAUGCACUUGGAGGAAUUCUCCAAAUAAACCAGAAAGCCCAAUGGAAAAUGAGCAGAUGUUCAGCCUAUAGUAUCUAAAAGUUUCAGCAUUUUCCUACAGUCAGGCAGCAGCUGACAGUCCAGUUGUAGCUUCCUAAUAACAGGAAUACUUUUCAAGCUGAAUAUAAACAUCUCUUCAUUGAGCCUACAAGUUAAGAUGUGAUGGGAUUGUUACAAACAGUAUCUCCGUGCUUUGUCUUCUGAUCUUCACACCACCUUCAGUUUGUCACUUUGAAGUUUUACUUCGAGUUACUAGGUUGUCACUGGUGUUUCUUGUAUAUUUUUAAAGAUUUUAUUAUAUUAGAUACGUGUAUAUUCCAAAAUUCGAUGAAAGCCUUAAAUAGAAAUCCUGAGAGCAGGGGUUAUGACUGCUUGCUCUCACAUGCAGGACUGUGUGUUUGUGAAUGAAUUUGCAAAAUUUAAAAGAAAUAUAUUUAUAUUAUAAAUCUUGCUUCUGCUUGCUCUUUUUCUAUUAUAAAUUCUUCUAUCUGUACUCUCAAUGGAUACUGGAUGAGUAAAUUUGUCAGAUUAUAUCUGCAGCCGUCUAUGUUUCUGUGCUACCACUUGUAGGGGUAUAAUUACAUUAUGUUGUUUACAUUGGCAGUUUCCAUUACAGGGCUGGGUGUGCAUAUUUAACAAACUGGGGUCAGGAUGUACGCAUUUAAAAUGGGUACAGAGUUUUCCUUAAUCCUGCUUCAUCUGAAAAUAUAUUCAGUCUUGAUUUGCAACUUGGCAGGAUGUUCAUUUGUAUAUACCUAAUCAAACUAGUGGGUUAUCACCUUGGAGUUUGAAUACAAUAUUGCUCUGUAGAUGUGACAGCUUUAAACAAUUUCUUGCUUAAAAUUCAUUUCCUAAUAAUUUUUGGAGCAAAAUUUAGAAUAGAUGAUCACAAGAUUUCUAUUGUGAAAGCUUUCACCCAGUUAAAAUGUGACUUAGCUUUUCAAUUUUGUAAAUGUUUGCAUUUUUUUUCCGAGACCUUUCGCUGGUUCUGUAUCAGUUUAAAUGUGUCUGAGCUGACUGAUUUGUUUUCAUUUGCAAUUCAGUAGGUGCCAUUUGAUAGAUUUAUUACCUUUCACAGUGUCAGAAUUUGUUUAAAAAUUAUUAAACCAGAAGGUGCCUUUAGUCAUAGCUGAUGAAGGCUGAGGAUUAACAGGGUACUUCCCCAUAUUAGAUUUAACUAUAAUUCAUCAUAAAAACUCAUGUGAGAAGCACUUCUUGAAAGAAAUAAAAAUUAGUCCCAGUUUAUGGUGGUCAUUAUUCGGUUGCAAAGAUUUAAUUGCAUUAAUGAAAUGUAAACAGGAAGCAACAAAUAGUCUGCUGGAGGCACUCAGAGAGUCAGGCAGCAUCUGUGAAGGAAAAGGAAAUACUGACAUUUUCGGUCAAAACCCCAUAUCACCUAUCCUGAUACAGAGUCUUGACUCAAAAUGUUGAUGGUUCCUUUCCCCGAACAGAGGUGGCUCAGUCUGUUGAGUUCCUCCAGCAGGUCAUCUGCUGUACAGAUUCUAGAGUCUGCAGUGACUUGUGUCUCCUCUGAAAGGAAGGGACUGGUUUCAGGAAGAGCCAACUUAGUGGAUGCAGCAUAAUCACCGUGUCCCUUUGCAAUGUGUACAGGCGACACACCUUUGAUUAACUCUUCUUUUUAUGUGCGCCUUGAAGGCUGAGUGCUUUCCCAUUCUCACAGAGGAACACAAGGAGACAGCUUAGGCUCUGGAGUCUGCUCUUGCAUUUAAAUUUAAUUGCGACUGACUGUGUCUUAACUUCAAAUGUGUGCCUGAGUUCUGACUUCAAUACCCUUCUCCACUAAACUUGUCAAUCCUUGUCUUGAAAUGGUUGAGUGAUUCUCUAUCUCAUAGCUGUGAGAGAAUCCCAGAUUUGCUCUAUUCUGUCAAGGUGUUUCCUGACAUCACCGCAGAACAGCCUAGCUGUAACUUUUAAAGUUUUGUCUACUUGUUCUAGCCUGUGCCAAAAGAGAAAAUAAUUCUAGGUGUAACUACUAAGAUGGGGAAACAUUGCAAGGCUAAUGCAAAGAAAGUCUUGCACACUUUGGGAAUCGCUGAAAAGGAAGAGCAAAUAAUGGGAAUGAAAUGGAGAACCUCUCUACCGCCACUUGUGUGCGUCAUGAACUUGUUUCUAGCGUGGGUGGUUAAUAAUUCAGCUUUUCUUUUGCACUCCACAUUUGCUUCGCAGUUUCCAGAAUUGUCUUGCUCAGUCAGUUCUUAUACUUGAACUUUUAUUGAAGCAGGGCCCCAUUACAGGCACCUUUUUUCCAAUGAGUUUGUUUGCUCAAAGGUGCUAUGAUUUGGCAUUAAGUUUCCAGCCUAUGCAAUGCACCUCCAUAUGGAGAUACAAGGAUGGCUUAGAGCCAUUCAGAUGUGGCCCUCUUUCCUGUUAGUGGGACUGAAUUCCAGAUUGAAUCUGAGCUAUCGAGCCUUGGUAUCCUUUGUGCAAACAGCAGUUGUCAGUGCGCUUUACAGAACUUUUUAAGUGUGUUUGAAUUAUUUGAAUUUAUAAAAAAUAAAAGCCAUGUGUUUUAAAUGGAAUGCACAAAAUGGGUAAAGUGGGUUUUUAGAGUUUAUUCUUGCUAAUUGAGAUGCUUUAAGCAAUAAGAAACAAUAUGAAAAUAAAAUGUCUAAUAAAAUUGA